AUGACUUGUCAAAAUACUUAACCUUUGAACUCACUCAGGAUCACCGUUUAGAAGCCUUACAUUUCGCAUUUCUCAUUAAAUGUUUACACGAGAAACAUGGAAGAAUUUAUAAAAUUAAACGGACAAACCGUUGGUCGUGAUAGACAAGCAAGGUUAAUUCAGUACUUAUCAAGAGUAAUUUGGUAUAAAUUACAACAAAAUAACCGAAAUGGAGUUGAAACCUUUAAAAAUUUAGAGUUCCAUUUAAGUUCAUUCAGAAAAUUGUUACGCUUUGGAAAAUGCGUUGACAUAGUUUACUCAAUCCUUCCAUUAUUAAAACAUAAGGACCCAACGAUAAGAACAACAGUAAUCUUAAGCAGAUUAAACACAGCUCUAUUCUUAUUAGGAGAUCACAUUUUGUGGUUGGGACGAUCGGAUUUAUGUUCUGUUAAUACAGACAAAUGGGGUCGGUUAUCAACCCAAUACUGGUUUUAUUCCCUUAUUUUUAAUUUAUUACGAGAUCUAUAUGAAGUUACAAACAUUUUAAAAUCACACAAAACAAGUUUAAUUCCAUCCAAAGGCAUUUCAAGUCUUCCAGACGUUUUAAAAGUACUAACAACGUCCCUUUUAUUAUUACAAUCACAUCGAAACGUUUUAAUCGAUAUUAUUAAAAACGGUUGCGAUAUUUUUAUUCCUAUGACAUCUUUGGGUUAUACAAAGUUAUCCCCAAGUACUGUGGGUACAUUGGGGGUUAUUUCUUCUAUUGCAGGAUUACUUAUAGUUUUAAAUCCAAAAAAUAAAUUGUCACCUUAAUAAAUUUGUUUAAAAAUUUUAUAAAACGUUGUGAAAGUGCAAAUGUUAUCUAAUCAGAACGUCUAUUUUUAGAUACACUUUAAUCUUAAAAUAUUGUUUUUUUGGUAUUUACUAUUUUGAAGCUAAUCGAGAUUUUAUAUGAAAACUUUUUAUAACACGUUGAUAAUAAAUGUAAUUUUAAAAUAUUAAAAAUAUUUUGAAAAACUUGCUAAGUAAAACAGAAAUAUGUUCAAUUUUAAAAUCGUCGUUAUCCGUAAAAUAGAAAUCUACACUUUUGAAGUAAAUAGUAUUUAAGUUAUCUCAUAGAUGACCUUACUACGAGGAUUUUAAACUUUUAAUAUAUUUAAUUUUGAA